AUGAACAGGAGAUAACACCAUCUCAUAUAAGUAUCGUCUUUUCUGCCCACCUUCUCCCUUCUCCUUCUCAGCUUCACAAUACCCAUUGUGUCUUUGCAUUCCUUUCACACACUCCUUUUUUUCUUUUCCCAACCAUACACACUCAUUUCUUGCUCACUUGAACCAACUCCAGUCUCUCUCUUUUUCAGGAAAAAAGCCCUUUUUCCGUACAUACUUGACGUAGUGUUGAUCACACAAAAACUAUCAAAAAACAAAAGACAACAAUGAAGUUCCUCCCCAUCAUCGCCGGCCUCAGCGCCCUCGCGGCCGCCGCUCCCGCCGAGCUCGACACCCGCGCCUCCUGCACCUUCACCGACGCCAAGACGGCCAUGUCCAAGAAGACGUCCUGCACCGACAUCGUCCUCAACGGCAUCAGCGUGCCCGCCGGCCAGACCCUCGACCUCACCGGCCUCAAGGACGGCACCCGCGUCACCUUCAAGGGCACCACCACCUUCGGCUACAAGGAGUGGGAGGGCCCCCUCAUCGCCAUCGGCGGCAAGAAGGUCGCCGUCGUCGGCGCCUCGGGCAACUCCAUCAACUGCCAGGGCGAGCGCUGGUGGGACGGCAAGGGAGGCAACGGCGGCAAGAAGAAGCCUAAGUUCUUCAAGGUCAAGAUCAACGACGGCUCCAUCACCGGCUUGAACGUCAAGAACACCCCGGCCCACGGCUUCAGCAUCAACAGCGUCUCCAACCUCAAGGUCCAAAACAUCCUCUUUGACAACAAGGACGGCGACUCCAAGGGCGGCCACAACACCGACGCCUUCGACGUCGGUCAGUCCACCAACAUCAACAUCUCCGGCGCCAAGGUCUACAAUCAGGACGACUGCCUCGCCAUCAACUCGGGCACCAACAUCGUCUUCGAGAAGGGUUACUGCCACGGCUCCCACGGCCUCUCCAUCGGCUCCGUCGGCGGCCGCUCCUCCAACACGGUCAAGAACGUCGUCAUCCGCGACUCCACCAUCGAGAAGGCCGACAACGGCAUCCGCAUCAAGACCAUCGCCCACAAGACGGGCUCCGUCUCGGGCAUCACCUUUGACAACAUCACCCUCAAGGACAUCAACAAGAAGGGCAUCGUCAUCCAGCAGGACUACGAGAACGGCAGCCCCACCGGCACCCCCACCGCCGGCAUCCCCAUCACCGACGUCGUCGUCCGCAACGUCAAGGGCACCGUCGCGGCCAAGGGCACCGAUAUCUACAUCCUCUGCGCCAAGGGCGCCUGCUCCAACUGGAAGUGGUCCGGCGUCUCCGUCACCGGCGGCAAGACCUCCAAGGAAUGCUCCGGCAUCCCCUCCGGCUCCGGCGCCAAGUGCUAGAGGACCUUUUUUCUCUCUUCUUCUCUUUGCUUUCCUACGCCGUGGAGAACAAAGCUAUAGGAGGGUUAGCGGUGCUUUCUCUCCUGGCGGGAAAAACGCUUCCCUCAGUCGACCACGUCGAGUAGGAACAGUCGUUGUGAUGCAAUGGCAGUGCAACUUGGGCGGAGGAAGUAGUUGGUCUCCC